AUGGCCCUCUUCACGGCUACAGUCAGGAGCAAUAAGAAAGGUGGACCGAAGCCGCCUGUGAUUUGCUACAUUUGUGGACGGCAGUACGGAUCUCACAGCAUUGGAAUCCACGAGCCAAAAUGCUUAGAAAAAUGGCAUAUCGAGAACAAAAAGCUACCGAAAAGUCAGCGGCGAAGCGAACCGAAAAGGCCUGAAGUGGUUAUGGACGAAAAUGGAGAAAUCGACGUGGAAGCAACGAAUGAAGUUCGCUGGGAUAACGCGCAGAAACUUCUCGUUCCAUGUGAAAAUUGUGGUCGACGGUUUGCGGAAGAUCGUCUAUCCGUUCAUCAGCGAAGCUGCACUCCGGAGAAUCCAGCCAAAUCGGUUUAUAAGGGAAAGCAGAAGAGUCGAUCGGUGUCGUCGAAACGUAAUGGCCAAAGCGAUUCACUGAAGGCACCUCUCAACUAG